CACCUGUCGAUUGCGGAGGCUCUGUGAUCCACGGAUGGGCCAGCUGGUGCCUAUGGAAGCGUGACGUCACUGCUUCCACUUGUUCUGCUGGUAAUGGGGAUGUGUCUGCCUUGCUUGGGCGGAGCCCCCGAAGACGUGGUACAAACGCCAGAUCCCGAAAUGAGAAGGAAACAAUUGGCAGAAGCAGCUGAAAAAAGACAAAAGGAGGUAACAAAUCGUGGAAUCAAGAACCCAGAGGCGGUGGAGAGGAAGAAAAAGAAACUAGAGGAGAUGGAGAAGCAGGCCCUGACGUCCUCAAAAUCUGGAGAGGGUGGGGGACUCAAGUGGCAAGUUGGUUGAAGAGGUAGUGGACAGCGCUGCAGAAAGACAUGUGUUCUGAGUAUUGCCAGCGUAGGUGUGGUUCCCGUUUGACAGAGUGGCUCCUUCUCUACUGUGUCGCUUGUUGGUAUUGUGUGCAUAGAGACUCCGUAUCGUGCCAUUCUCAGUGCCGUCACGUCCCAGGAUUGUCCACCCCAUGUGCUUUGUUGGAAAGCAGGACAUGCCAAGAAAGACGCCAACUUGCAAUCGCCUGACCUCUCUGACUGGAACUUCAAAGAAGUUGUCUGCAACCUGCAUUCUUCAACCUAAAAGAACAUGUUUGCUCAUAAGUUCUCAUGACUAAGGCCAGUGUUAACGGAAGUAGUCGAGAAUGUUUUUUUUUUUCUGAAACUAAUUUGCAUUGCCUUGUUUUUUUUUCCUAAGUCGCAGUUAACUAGACUGCACCUGGUUUUAUUUGUUGGUUCAGUUUGCUGGUUUCCUUGCUUUUACAUUGAAAACUUUCACACUUUCUUUUUUUCAAUUCCAUGCAUCAUCUACUUCGACAGCUAUGCAGUGCCGAGUCUUAACAUUACAGAAGUCAGCUUCAACAGGCUAAUGUUACUGAUUUUGAAGCCAAGGUAGUUUACACACUCGUAACCCUGGCAUUCACAGUGUGUAAUUAAGUGUAAUUAUUGCUGCCAUAGUUCACAGAAUGACUGAAGUAGUACCAUUUCUUUCUUUAUUAUCUUUCUGUAUGCUAAAUGUACACCCAGAAUUAUUCCCUUUACACUGUGUCUAUUGUAUGUUAAUACGACUUCUGUAUUAAUAAGUGAAGAGAUUACAUGUGAUUGUUUCCUCUUAGUCUUUUACAGAUGCUUGACAUUGUCCUUCGUUGUGUUUCUCCAGUAUGGCAUUGUACUGCUGCUCACUAACUUCCUGCAAAAUUAGAAAUUUGUUUUAAAGCAGUUUCCUCUUGAAGCAGAUAAAGGCAUGGUUUCUCAUGCGAUGCACCUGCAUGUCACUUCUGCAUGUCCCUUCUCUUGGCUUCAGAAACCAACAGCGUGGAGAACAAAAGCCUGUUCAUUACUUCUGCUCACAUUUUAAUGUUCUUUAGCCACAAUGCAAAUGGAAAACAUUAUCUAGCAACCCACCUAUCACUGCUGCUUAACUAAAUAUCUUCCCACGUUUUAAGCAAAACUGUAUUUGGAAAAUGAGCCUAUUAUGGAAUGUUAGCUUUAUCAAAUAUCAUGAUUUCUGCCAGAUCAUUAAGAUUAUUGUUAGUCUGUUCUAUAAUUAGAUUGCAGAUACUAAUUUUUCCCUUGAUGUGCACGGUCUGCCACCAAUUUGUAUUCACAACACUAAACUAGCUUAAAGUCCCUAAAGAAUGUUGGUUCAGUUUCAAAGCACUACUCUAGGAGUUCUCCCAGCUGCCAGAAGAGGGCACUAUUCCAUCCCAAUAUUUAACCAUAUUUACCUUAAAAGCAAGGAAACCUUCAUUUGCUCUUAAUGAUAUUUCCCACAUUCCCGGAUUCAAGAAAGUGAUAUACCUUUCCGAAUCCAUUAUAGUGCAAGACCUUUUUAAAAUGUGGAUUUAAAAGACUGUCACUGCGUUUCUCUUUUAACACACUUUGUAAUGGCGUGAUGCAACGCACUUCUUGGUGGCUCUUGGGAUCAAUUUGUUCCUGUUUCCAAAUGUAUGCAAAGUAAGACAUGCACCACUAGAUGGCACUAGAGGACUAUAUAGUUUAGCUUCAGAAAAAAAUGACAGCUUUCCCAUUAAACACUACCCAACAGCAGAAUUCAAAUUGGUUGUUCUAUGUAAUGUACACAAGAUAUAGGGUAUUGCAUAGAAAAUCCAGAUUUUUUUUCUUUUACUGAAAGUAAAGACAAAAGACACCCACAUCCCCGUUUAGGCAGCAUGUACCUUCCCUGUCUGUGUUGUGAGGCCUAGCUUGUCCUGAGAAAUGAAAGCUGGAGGUGAUGAGUCAUUCAGUCUUGAGGAGACAGAUUCAUUCACAGCUGAAGCCCCAUCCUGCUCUCUGCGGUGUACAGCACUGCCAGUUCCCAAUUAGGAGCUCUGUGCUCCCCCUGAGCAGCACUCCUGACCCCUGCAGAGCUCUGGACGACCCACACCGGCGUGAGAAACGAACAAUUACACCCCUGACACCCAGACCCAUGCACCACACGUCACAGUACAAGAUACGCAAGAGACCUUGAGUGGCUUGCUUAACUUUCCAGUAAUAGCAGUAUUCGCUAACCAUCUGAGUUGAAAACUAAAGCAAACUGUUCAUAUCUUAAUAUCCAAGGGACAUGUAAAUAAAAUGAGAGAAUGCAGGUGCUUGUGUAGGGUUACUAUAUAACUCCAUGUACAGUGAUGGAAAGUUUUGCACCACCCUCUAUAUAGAAUAAACACAUGUUCCUUCAUAAAGUCAAACCUGCUGAAUAAUGUUAAGAUACUGACUUACAUACCGCUUUGUAGUUUUCCAUGUACUUAACGAAAAACGUGACAUUUCUAAAUCUAACAUGAAAUACUGUACUGCUCUUAUGGCUUCCGGUAGACUUUUGCUAAAUCGUUUUGUAGUUUCUUUGAUUACAUGAUUAAAUAAAAAGGUCUAAAUUA